UGGUCAACAGCUCUCCGGAAAACGGAACGGUUCUUUCCGUAUGAUAUAAACACAGGGGCUGUAAUUUAGAUUACAUUCGCCUUUUCGUGCAUUAAUUCAGGUAUUUAUUUAUUUAAAGGAGGUCUGUUUUAGAAUGUGCGAUUUGUAAAGAAACUGCAUUCGUCAUCGCUGUGGUGAGACGUGCUGUCCAUAUCCAGCAGUGUAGCAUCUACCGCUAAUGCUAAUUUCACCACUAGGUAAUAUUUGAUAUCGUUAUAAAUACGGAAUAUUUACAAUGUCCGGGAGCUUUUAUUUCGUCAUGGUGGGCCAUCACGAUAACCCAGUGUUUGAGCUGGAGUUUCUCCCUCCUGGAAAGACAGAAUCAAAGGACGAUCACAGACACCUGAAUCAGUUCAUCGCUCACGCUGCUCUGGAUCUGGUGGAUGAAAACAUGUGGCUCUCCAACAACAUGUACCUCAAGACUGUUGACAAGUUUAACGAGUGGUUUGUUUCUGCUUUUGUUACUGCAGGUCAUAUGAGGUUUAUUAUGCUGCACGACGUCCGGCAAGAAGACGGAAUCAAGAACUUCUUCAAUGAUGUCUAUGACCUGUACGUCAAGUUUGCCAUGAAUCCCUUCUAUGAAGUCAAUGCGCCGAUUCGCUCCACAGCUUUCGAGAGGAAAGUGCAGUUUCUGGGAAAGAAGCAUCUGCUUAGUUGAUUUUACUUUUGCUAUAAAUAUACAAAUGUGUUGAAUAUAUUGUCUCAUAUUUACUUAUUGUUGUCAGCUGAUAUCUACAGUCACCAUCAGCCGAUUCGAAUGUUAUCACUCGAUUGAAUGGGCGUUAUCAGUGGUUAUCAGCUGAUAGAUAUGGGCCAGUAGGGAGCGUUCUGCGCCCACUGAUAGGCUCAGAAGGCUGUUAUCACCCAUCCACAUGGUUAAUCAGCUAUAGAUCACAUACGGCUGCGGCUAGAAGUGAACGAGAAUUAUUUAAAUUACUUAUUAAAUUUCCCACAGGUGUCAAAGUCAGUUCCUGGAGGGCUGCAGCUCUGCGAACAGUUUAGUUCCAACCCUAAUUAAACACACCUGAUCAAACUAAUUGAGUGCUCUAGGCUUGUUUGAUACCUACAGAUAGGUGUGUUAAAGCAGGGCUGGAACUGAACUCCGCAGGGCUCCGGCUUUGACACCCCUGCCCAACCCCGAUCGUCACAGUAAUGUAAAAACAGAUCUGGAUCUGAAGUCUUCUCUAAUUAGUGUAGCUGAUUAACCAUGUGGGUGGAUGAUAACAGCCUUCUGAGCCUACUAGUAGGCGCAGAAGGCCCCUAUUGGGCCCAUAUUUAUCUGCUGAUAAUGGCAAUUCAAUCGAGAGAUAACAUUCGCAUCGGGUGCAGCUAUUAUAUAAAACAAAUGAUCUGUAAAUACUAAAUAUUUGUAAAGAAGUGUGUAACGGCAUCAAAAACACACACAUUUCUCCAGCAAUUACACAAUAAACCGGUGGUCAUUUGCAGGAUUUGGUACAAUACUUAAAUCAAAUCACACCUUAAAUAAACAACGUCAACAAGCAUUCAUCAACACUUCUUUAAUUUCAAUUUACAAUCUACAAUAUUCAGAUUUUAGUGCUUUUUCUUUUCAAUGUAAGUGCUUCGACACCACCUCAUCCAUUUUUGUAGUACAAGUAUUGUGUAUAUAUUUGGCACUCUCUACGUAAUUAUAUGUUAAUAAUGCAUAUUAGAAAUCAACGACGGCUGCAUAAGUUAAUCAGAGUUACAGCUAAAGAUAAUCACAUUAAACACACACACUGCAAGUCUCUUAUUUUGCUUUGUCGUAAUUUUCAAGUAAAAAUAUCUGAAUGUUAUAUUUAAGCAAAACAAUAUAUUAAGACUAGUUUUGUUUAGAUAAUGCAUCGUAAGAAGAAUGUUUGGUGAAUAAAUGUUGGUCACACUUUACAAUCUUGUAGUUAAUGUAUUGACGUGAGCAAAUAAUGAACAAUACAUUUAUUACAGUGUUUAUUCAUCUUUGUUAAUGAAAAUAGUCAUUAUUAAAGGAGUAAAUAAAGAAAGAGAUGCUCAAAUAUGAGGAUAGAUAACUAUAUGAUGAAGUAAAACAAUGUAUAUUUAAAAUGUUAAAAUAAUUGUUGGAAUUUGGGGCGGUACAGUGGCUCAGUGGGUAGCACUGUCGCCUUACAGCAAGAAAGUCACUGGUUCGAAUCCCGGCUGGGCCAGUUGGUGUUUCUGUGUGGAGUUUGCAUGUUCUCGCCGUGUUGGUGUGGGUUUCCUCCGGGUGCUCCGGUUUCCCUCACAGUCCAAACACAUGAGCUAUAGGGGAAUUGAUGAUGCCGCAGUGUAUGAGUGAGUGUGAAUUAGUGUGUUGGGUGUUUCCCAGUCCUGGGUUGCAGCUGGAAGGGAAUCUGCUGCAUAAAACAUGCUGGAAUAGUUGGCGGUUCAUUCCACUGUGGCGACCCCUGAUUAAUAAAGGGACUAAGCCAAAGGAAAAUAAGUGAAUGCUGGAAUUUGUAUUUGUGCAAACUUUAAUGUUUGGUCAUUGUGGGAAAUUUAAUAUGAAUUAGUUUAUUCUUUAUUUUUAAAUUUGGCAGAAUUUGUAGAUAAUCAUAUAUCAAGGAUAGACAUUUCAGUAUGAUUUUUACAUUUAUUUUGUAAAUAUACUGCAGUCAGAAUUGAAAUAAAAGAACUGAACUGAAAAAUUAAAUGAUCUGUGAUUGAUUAAUGCUGCAUGUGUAUUGUUCAUUAUUAGUGGAUGUUAGUAAAUACAGUAACUAAUGGACUGUUAUAAUAAAACGUGACCAAAAUAUCUUCUAAUGCACAGAUGUGCUUCUGUUUUUUGGAAAAUGCAUCAUUCAGAUAUUUUGAAAGGAAAUAGCCGUUUUUGCAGCGCAUUUAUUGCAUUUCACUAUUAGUCUACCAUGCUAAAGACGGGAAAACACACACACACAGUUCCCACUCAAAUCUCUGAUCACACUUUACAAUAAGAGUGUAUUAGUUAAUGCGUUUACUAACAUGAACAAACAAUGAACAGUACAUUUAUUAUAGUAUUCAUUCAUAUUUAUUAACAUUAGUUAAUGGAAAAAUGAUUCAUUGUUAGUUCUUGUUAAAGCAUUGAGUUAACAAGUAUGAAUUAGUCAUUUAAUAAUGCAUUAGUAAAUGCUGAACUGUGAUUUAUAAAUACUGAACGAGAUUAUUAGUUCACCCAAAUCUGACUAUUCUGUCAUCAUUUGUUUGCUCACUCUUCAAAACCUGUUGGAGUUUCAAAAAAGAAGUUAUUUUGAAAAAUGUUGAAACCUAUAACCAUUGACACCCACAGUAUUUGCUUUUCCUGCUAUUGAAGUCAAUGGUUACAAACAGGUUUCCAAAUAACUUUCAUUCUGCAGAAAAAUGAAAAUCAACGUUUUGGUACCACUUGAGCAAAAGUAAAUUAGCAUUUUUGGGUGAACUAUCCCUUUAAAAGAAUACUUUUUAUUUGUUAAUAUGCAAAUUUACAGCUCUCCAAUGCUUAAACAGGUCUGUUUUACCAUUUUUGUAUCCAUUUAGGCGAUCUCCGGGUCUGGCAGGAGCACUUUUAGCUUAGCUUAGCAUAGAUCAUUGAAUCGGAUUAGACCAUUAGCAUCUCUCUCUCUCUCUCUCUC